AUGUCAUCAAACGCCAGCACCGAGAAGCCUACAGGCACCGACGAGCGACCCAGCACGACAGCCUCACAAGAUGACGAGUGGGAAUUUGUGAAUGAAAAAGAAAGUCAGUCAUCGGAUGAUCAUGUCAAGAAGGAGAAUGACUUGGAGAAGGGCACUGGAGAGUCUAAGAAAGAAAUGUCCGACGAGGAACGCAAGAGAGAAUUGAACAAGACAAAGUGGGAGGGCAUGCAACAACAGUCUGGAGGGGUCUACCCUCACCGAGAGGUCAAAGUCCCAAGCUAUCCCAAAUUCAUGGGAGAUUGGUAA